AUGACUGCUUCGGAACCCGCGUCCCAUCCAUUUUCAAUCAAGGGUAGCACGAAGGAGGAUCAAGUGUUCGAAUUCCACGACAUACAGGGUGGCGCUGGUACCUUAUCCCUCCAGCCCAUCAUCCGCCAUUACCUUGGCGUACCCCGGGCGCAUCAAGUUCCCACGACCGAUCUGUACAAAAUAUUGGGACGACUACGGAGCUUGCAACAUACAGUUGCGAACUACAAUGAGGGGGUCGUCUUAUCUACACCUGCCUUCUUGCACUACUGGAGACCACGGACCUUGAAUCUCUUCUCAGGCUUCGGUUUCCGUCUCAGUGGGGUUGACCAAGUCAUCCAAAUACCGGGGCUUGAAGACGUGAUCCGGAUCGUCGAGCAUGCCUUUCAAGAGCAGAUUGAUGAAGCGCGUGACACCAUCCAACGCGGUUUCAUCACCUUCGAGGCACUGGGCGAAUUGUAUCGCCCUGGAGUUCCAGUCCAGGCAGUGAUGGGCUCUGGAGAUACGGCCGCAGUCUUUCUUGUCAACGAGUGUUUCUAUCAAGAGAAUCGGGGCUUGACAGGAGUGCAGAGGACAUUCAACUGGACAAUAGAGUUCGUGGCGACAAUGGGUACGCACUUCACCGUAGUGAAUGUGACCGAGCAAUUGAAUGGCUGGACAGGCGUUCGCGCAAGAUCGCUAUCGGAACUCACGUAUACGCCGGUAUCACCUGUCGAGUUGAGCGAACUGAGACAGAGAGGAGAGCGAUAUGUUGAGUUUGCCAUUAGCGGUGCCAAAUUUCUGGCAUAUUCUCGCGGAUCAUUCUACCGCCAUGUGCGACCCUCACGUCCAAGCUAUUCUUCUCUUGCCAGUACGUCGAGCAACCAGCUUCCUUCAGAAGGCCGUGUCAUGAUCGAUGUAGAUCGCGGCGCUCUGCUGAACCACCAUCCUUGCCAGGGUAUGGAUGAAUCAACCCUGGCCAUGACGAAGACCGCCGAACGUUAUCGACAGUGGCGCAACACAUCAUCUAGAAAGAGUUCUGCAACGGAUGUACUCAAUCUGUGGGAAACGGUCCCUGACGAGUUCAUCCCCUACUGCUGGCCUGCUCUUGUCGGCUUUAGCUUUACUGCAAAAUGCUGGGGCCACGUGUUGGUCUCAGGUCUUUCGCCGAUCCAGUUCCAGGACACCGCAUUCCAACAUCUUGUUCUAGCCGAGGAGUACAAACACCUCAUCCGUGCUCUCGUAAGAUUCGGAAACGACGCCAGUGUCGAAGACAUCGUUGAGAACAAACGCAGCGGCAGUAUCUUCCUGCUCCACGGCCCUCCCGGCGUCGGGAAGACACUAACAGCCGAAGCUGUUGCUGAAGUCCUGCAUCGCCCGUUAUACUACGUUACAAUGGGAGAAUUAGGCACGACGGCAGAAGAUAUGGAACGCCGUCUCUCAGAUGUGCUUGAAUUAUGUUCCGAGUGGAAUGCUAUCAUAGUUCUAGACGAAGCCGAUGUGUUCCUCGAACAACGCCGCACUUCCGACCUGGUCCGAAACUCGAUGGUCUGCGUUAUGCUGCGUCUCUUGGAGUACCAUUCAGGCAUUCUCUUCCUCACUACCAACCGCGUGCGUAAUCUGGAUCCAGCGUUUGAAAGCAGAAUUACACUUGCCCUACGAUAUAACCAUCUGACGCCCGAGGCUAGAGCCCAAAUCUGGAGCAAUUUGCUCAAACGGAUCUCGUUACAGGUGGCAAAGGACAUCGAUCCUAUGGUCCUUGGACAGCAUGAAUUCAACGGUAGACAGAUCAAGAGCGCAAUCAGGCUGGCGUGUGCAAUCACGAAGGAACGGGACCAAUCUAAGCUGACAAUGGAAAUUGUGAAGGAAGUAGUGAGAAUCAUGGAAGUUGGAAGGGCGAAUAUAGCGGAUGACGAUUCUUGGAAAAUGCGCGAGGGGUAA